CCAAUGAUACUUGAUAGAACUUUUAGAUUAGAAGCUUUGAAAUAUUUGUAUGGCGAAUGUUGAGUGUUGUGGUUGUAGAUCGACUGGGCUGGGUUCCUUGUGACAACAACAGCUAUUCUUGCCAUCACUGUUAGAGUUCAAUACGACUGGUUUGGGCGAUUGCGCUGCCACAUCAACAAAAUUUUAAAUUGUUUGCUUGAAAUUUAAUUUGUAGUGCGAUAUUAUUUCUUUCGGUGGUCUUGUUCUCAACUGCAAUGGCUGAUCUGGACGAGCUGAUUGGCUUCCUUGUGCCAAACACGCCAAGCCAAAUCCAGGACAUUGCCCUGGACUAUGUCGUGGGGCUGACGGCCAGCGCUGACGGCUUCAAGAUUUUGCUCGACAAUCACAAGGUCCUGUUUGCCCUGCUUGACCUCCUGGAGGUGGACGCCCUGCCCUCCAAGGACCUGGUGUUCCGCGCCCUGGUGAACAUGUCGGCGGACGCGGCCCUGAAGCGUCAGUUCACCUCGCAGAGCCUGGAGACCCUCCUGGACGGGGUGCUAAGUCCCGGGUACGUGUUCGCCGACGGCGCCUGCAUGAUCCUCUGCAACGUGACGCGAGAAGAGGCCGGUGCGCGCAUGCUCUGGGACAUCAUGGCGCGCGGUGGCCGCCAGGCGGAGAAGCUAGCGGAGCUGGUCGACGCGUUCUGCAACAUUUCCUUCAACACGGUAAAGGGCACGUUGGACUACGCCGCUACCCUGCUAUCUAACGUGACACAGGUGCCGGAGGCUCGACUGGCCCUGAUCGACAAGCAGCGGUGCUUGCUGCAGCGCCUGUUGCCGUUCACCGGUUACCAAGCGUCCAAAGUUAGACGCGGCGGUAUCAUUGGCGUCGUGCGCAACUGCUGUAUCGAUCCGGCAUGCCAUGACUGGCUGCUUGGCGAGGACGUCAGCCUCCUCUCUCACCUGCUGCUUCCAUUGGCCGGCCCUGAAGAGUACUCCGACGAGGAGAUGGACAAGCUGCCUGUUGACUUGCAGUUCUUGGAGCCCAGCAAGACUAGGGAAGAGGAUGCCUCCAUUCGGAAAAUGCUCAUCGAGGCUAUCAACCAGCUGUGCUCGACUAGGGCUGGCCGUGAAGUGAUCAAAUCGCUGGGCACCUACUACGUAAUGCGUGAGCUGUACAACUGGGAGAAGGACGCGGAGACAAGGCUGACGUGCCGCAAGCUCAUCGACCUCCUCAUCAGCGACGAGCCGGAGACCGGAAUGGAGAACCUGCGUGACGUCGACGUGCCCGCGGACGUGCAGCGUGCCCUCGAGGAGCAGGAUGCGCAGAUGCUUGAGGACUUCAAGGCAGAGGUUGCCGACGAUGGUGCGGCCGCCGCCGUUACGCCUGCUACCACAGCCACCACUGUCGACAACACGGACGACACCACCGCCACUGCUGAUAACACGGAGAGUGCCAGCUGAUGUACGGGGAGGUAUUGUUAGUGAUAUGUUUAUUAUUACCCCCUGGCGUCGUCGUGUGCCAGACUGCGAGCUGACGUGCUCCUCCGAUCGCUGGGCCCAAUGCUGGCGGCUAAGUCUGCCCGUGCUGGCUUGGCUACCGUCGGGGAUGUUUGGACAAAACAGGCGUGCGGCUCAGCUCUGCUGGACUGGGAGUAGUGUGCUGAACAGCCGCACUCUGGUGGCUGCCGCGGCGGUGGUGAUAAUGGCGGUGGUAACAAUCUUGCCAGGUACCAAGCCGAAACCGUGUCUGAACUCACCUCGGUGACCUGUAGAUGCUCGUAACACACGCGUGGUUCAGACGCUCUUCUGGUGCGGUUGCGCUUGUUAGUUGUGCCGGACGCUGCUGGCAAACUCGAGCCCCG